AUGCGGGAGAAAAUGGAACUUCUACUAAAGCACUACCAAAAGCAAAUCGUGGCCGGCAUCGAGCGCGCAGACUCGUCCGGCAAGCAAUUCAUCAUCGACGAAUGGACCCGUGGUGAAAACAUGGGCGGCGGCAUAACCCGUGUCUUCCAGGACGGCCGUGUAUUUCAAAAGGGAGGCGUCAAUUUCUCCGCCAUCUACGGCGAACUUCCCCCGGCUGCUGCUCAGCGUAUGCGGGCAAAUCACGCCGAGCUCAAGAUUCCCGAGAGCGGGAAACUUCCUUUUUACGCCUGUGGCAUCAGUCUUGUGAUUCAUCCCCAGCACUAUCUCGCGCCAUCCGUGCACCUCAACUAUCGCUAUUUCGAGACCCUCAACGAGGACGGUACGCCGCAGUCGUGGUGGUUCGGCGGUGGACAGGAUCUGAGCCCGAUGUACUACAACAAAGACGACGCUACGCAUUUCCACAAGCUCAUCAAGGAGUUUUGCGAUUUCCAUGAUCCUGGUUACUACCCGCGAUUCAAGAAAUGGGCGGACGACUACUUCCGCAUCAAAUUCCGCGGCGAGGCAAGAGGUAUCGGCGGCAUCUUCUUCGAUGACUUACACGACAAGGAUCCAGAAGAAAUCUUCAAAUUCGUCGGCGACGGUCUCUCCAGAUUCUUGCCUUCCUAUCUUCCUGCAGUCAAACACGCCUACAUGCCUCCUGCUGAGGGUGAAGAGCGGCCUACACCCGAAGCUGGUAAACACUGGCAAGGUAUCCGUCGUGGCCGCUACGCGGAGUUCAACCUUGCCGUCGACCGCGGCACCCAGUUCGGCCUGCAGACUCCUGGAUCAAGAGUCGAGUCUAUUCUGAUGACGCUGCCGAAACAUUGCAGCUGGGAGUACAAUUACCAUCCGGGGCCGGAAACGUUAGAAGGCAAGACUGUCGAGGUGUUGAAGAACCCGAUUGACUAUGUCUAG